AUGGGCGCUCAUCUCACCACCGACUCCUCCCCGGCUCGGCCGGUGCUAAAAGAUAUGCAACAUUGGACGCAUGUGAAGAAUACCAAGAGGUUCUACGUCAUGAACCCCACUGCAGAGCCGUUAGACUUCAUUUGGCAACCAGAGGUGGCAACCAGUUGGGCCGGUGAUGACGAGUGCUUCAAGUGCUUGACGAAACGUGGAACCAUUUUGCCCAACAAGAAGCGCGAGGGCUUGGAAGAACCCAAGUGGUUCGAGAUGAGCUUCGAGUUUUCACCGCAGAGCAGCCACACCAAGGAGUCCUUCUGGUCCUUUGUGCUUUUGGGACCGAAGGUGGAGGAACAUUUCUUGGUGGCAGGGACAGUACAAGAGCCUCGCAUUGGUAUGGACAAGUUCGGGAACUCGGUGGGCAACCGUUUGCAGAUUCUGUUCAGCAGCACCAAACGCAAACAUCACUGCAGAGCCUGUGGCCGCGUGAUUUGUGGCAGCUGCAGUGGGAAUAAGUUGUUUCUGCCCGCCUACAACAAGGAGGAACGCGUCUGCGAUGGUUGCUUUGAUCUGCUCCAGCACGACAAGGGCCGUCCGGUGAAUGAGCAAUUCCUGGAGCUGAAACGCAUCGAGGCGUCCUUGAAGGCUGAUUUACGCGAAAAGCAGCAGCAGGAGGAAUGGUUCCGCAGCUUUCUCACGCAGGUGAGUGGUCAGAGCUGCGACGACUUGCCGCAGCUCAUUUCCCAGAGCCAGCUGCGUUGGCAGCAGACCUGUCAACGCAUGCGACAGGAGGAGUUGCAGCUGAAGGACCUUGAAGCGGCCAAUGACAGCUCCGAAACAGAGCUACGUAGCAGGGCAGCAGCAGUGGAGGCUUUGCAACGACAGGUGCAGACCAUGCAGAAGGACUUAAAGGAGCGGCCCAACCUGCAGGGUCAGUGCGACGAGCUGCAACGAAGCACCAAGAUACUGCAGCAGGAGCUGACAGGCUUACGGCAGCGGAGUUUCGCAUUGGAGGUCCUUUGUUUCCAACUUGUCCAUGCCAAGUCGCAUGGAAGGCUGCCGAAGGUCCUGCGAUGUCAUGUGAUCCGCUUGGGAUCCGCUUUGGUGCGACUGGCGUUGCUGCUGGUGGCUGCUGUUGAAGCGAGGCUGCUUCGCAUUGGCAGCGGAGCCUGCGGGCUGGCGCUGGAGGAGGACUUCCAGAAGGAAAACUUGGUUGAGAAGGGCAAGUACCUGGUGAGGUCCCUGUCGACCAAAGUGCUUGGGCAGACAGAUGCUGGACGCAAGAAGGUGUAUCCAGCCAACUUUGUGGAAGAGGAGUUGGAUGAAAUUCACUAUGCAGCUGAAGAAGAAUGUGAUGAAGAGCAAGCCUUAGCCAUGCUCAUCGAGGAAGGUGAUGAGACAGCACUUGCCAUACAAGAGUUCGAGGAUCAGAACAAGUCAAAGAAGGGCAAAGGCCCCAGAAAGUAUCAGAGUCUUGCAGAGCGCAUAGCAAGCUCUACCUGUCGCGCCUGUGGAGCACGAGGCCACUGGAAGGAUGAGUGCCCGCUGAAGGACAAGAAUGUGACUGCAGAUGCGAACGUGAUCCUCACGGAAGAGCUCUCAGGGGGUGGUGAACUUCUUGAUGAACUUCCUGGCCAUGAUCUUGCCAAUUGGCAGAACCAGAUCGGCUUCAAAGUCAGUCCGCUCUUUCUCAAGCUGACAGUCAUGACUCUUCCAAGUGCCUCGGGGACGCCAUUUCCGGGACUCCAGACAGAGAUGCUAGAUGCGAUGCUGUUCGGAGAAGUGGAUGCCUCUCUGGCCUUCGAAGAUCGACAACUACCAGAGAUCAAAAGUCGUCGCCCUCCAGGUGUGAUGACCUUGAAGGAGUGGGGUCAGUUGAAGUUCCCGGAAGGGAAGUGGCGGCACAAGUCCUUCUUUCAGGCAUACCAGGAGGACCCAAAGUACGGCAAGUUCAUGAAGGAGCGCAGGAAACUGGUGUCAGCUUGGGCACUGAGUUUUCAGGCUUACGUGGAAGCCAUGGACAGGAUGCAGGAAGAUUGCUCGAAGGCCUUCUACCAGGAGUAUGCCAGACAGUGGGCCAAAGCCGAGAUGUCCAAGAUGUAUCCGAAGGCAGAGAUCGAGAAGAGUCAAGGACCAGAGUGGGAGCUGUUGACAGGAGGGGUGACAUCGCGUCCGAUGAGCACGAUGUCAUCACCAAGUCAGAAGCGCCCCAUGGAAGAAGAGCAGUCGCAGAUGGCGAUCGAGGUGCAGCAGAAAGAGGAGAUGAUCACUCGCAUGGCGAUCUUGCAGCGCGAGAUGGACAAGAUCAAGGCCGACUUGGAGGAGCUGACCUGUCUUCAAAAGAUAUGGCCGACGCUGACCGACUCUCAGACUUUCCAGAAGUUUGGAAGUGAUCUUCUGGAGAUCUAUUGUGAAGAACAUUCUCAAAUCACAGAACAAGCUUGUAAGCUGGGAUUGAAGGCCAGAAGAUUCACUUUCAGUGAUGGAGAUCUUUCCACACCAGAAGGUCAAGCUGCGCUUUGGAAAGUUUGA